GAGUGAGCGAGGCUGCAGUAGAACAACUUCGCCUUGCAGGAUCCGGCGGUGCGAGCGUGCAGGGGGUAAAAGUGGACAGCCAGACAUCGGAUACUCAGUGUAGAGGUUGAAUUCUAUACAAUUAAAGGCGGGGAGUGGCGACGGACAUGGUUGUGGGCUACCAUGGUCACACUGGCCCUUCCAUGACGUCCCGCACACUCGUCUAAGCAGUGUGAAUACGUCCGCCACGUCUGCCCGUCCUCUUGGUGAUGCUGUGCAGUUGAUUGAGCAGCACGUGCGCCUGGAGCAGUGGCGGAAACAUGACCCCCGGGCGUGUGUGGCCCCCACGAAGGACACUCCGCCCUGCUGCAGGAUCUCCCGAGGCGCUGGACUGACCGCCCAGGAGCACCUGCUACGAGAGGCGUCGCCGCCGUUGGAGAGCGAGCGCGAGACGCGAUGCGAGCGCCGGUGGACGCCCCCGCCGCCAGGCCGUGGGCGGCGCGGGCGCAGGGCUGGGUAGCUGCGCUCGGGGUGCUGUGGGCGUGCCUUGGCCUGCGAGGGAUGGGCGUGCGGGCAACGCAGGCCCAGUUCGGACCCCAGUGCGAGGAGAUCAAGAUACCCAUGUGCCGCAACAUGCCCUACAACCUGACGCGGCUGCCCAACCUCCUGCACCACUCCACGCAGGAGAACGCGCAGCUCGCCAUCGACCAGUUUGAGCUGCUCCGCUGGACCAAGUGCUCGGACCAGCUGGAGUUCUUCCUGUGCUCGAUGUACGCCCCGAUCUGCACGGUGGACUUCGCGACGGAGGCGGUGCCGCCGUGCCGCAGCGUGUGCGAGGCGUCGCGCGACGGCUGCGAGCCCCUGCUGCGCCGCUUCAACAUCCCGUGGCCCGAGAGCCUCGAGUGCGCCCACCUGCCCGUCUACGACCGCGGCGUCUGCAUCACGCCCGAGGCCAUCAUCACCGCCGAGACGUCGCCAGAGCCGGAGGUGGAGGAAGGCCCUUGCGAGUGCCUCAGGCGACCGAAGCUCCGGGAGAAGAUCUACAAGAAGAGAGGCUUCGACUACGUGCUGCGAGGGACCGUGAAGAGCGUGGACACCUUCGGAGGACUCACCCUGACGACGGUGCUGGUGAGCCAGGUGGUGCGCGCCGGCCGAGUGCGCGUGCUGGCGGGCGAGAGUGCGCACCUGUGGACCAACCGCUCCUGCGCCUGCCCCCCCCUCGCCCUGGCGCAAGACUCGCUGCUCCUGGGCUGGGAGGACUUCGCCAACAGCCGCCUGCUGUACCUGACGGGAAGCAUCGUGGUUCCUUAUCGCAAGAGAUACGUCAAGAAGAUUCAGGCUUGGGACGGCUUCACGUGGAAACCUCCUCCGGCCACGCCCCUGCCGACCCUCCCGUCGCCCAACAUCACGAUAGGCGGGGCGAUGGGCGGCAAGUCCCGCUCCCAUCCGCCGCCCAUACAAGUGGGUAACAGCAGGAAGGGCAAGAAGAACCGAAACGAUAGAAGGAGGAAGAAGAAAGAGAGAAGGCGGAGGAGGAAGUCGAAGUCGAAGAGGAAAUUGAAGCAGAGAAAGAGGAAGCAGAACGUGACCGAGGCGCCGGUGACGUAGUGGCCGCGAACGGGCGCUUCCUCUGCACCCCCCCCCCCCCCCCCCGCAGACGCAGACGAAGAACCCCCGCGCCCAGGAGGCUUCCGGAGUGGGCUUCCCCGUGCCCCCUGCCGGCGCUUCGUACCCGGGGAAUCCGCUUCAAACAAAGCACAAUCACAGAGGGAAAGGAUACAAAAUUUAUCAUGUAAUAUGUAUGUGUGUAUAUGUGUAUGUAUAUAUAUGUACACACACACACACACACACACAUAUAUAUAUAUAUAUACAUACAUACAUAUAUAUACAUAUAUAUCGUAUAUAAAUGCAAGAUCUAACGUCUUUCGCCUUCCCUCCGUGACGUGGUUGUGGGUUGUUAAGUUCUUCGCUAAUGUCCUUCGCGCCGGCGGACCUCUCGUGCUCGCCGUGAAGGAUCAGCUGUACUCGAGUCAGGAGGAAGGACGCGUCGGGAAAGACCUCGUGAGGCUUUGUGGAGGGAAACUGGCCUUUUUGCCAGUGUGUCUAGAAUGUGAUGCUGAUGAACUUUCACAUGUGUGUGUGCGUAUUCAUAUAUACACAUACAUACAUGAAUACACACACACACACACACACACACACACACACACACACACACGCGCGCGCGCGCAUACAGACAUGUUCAGCAUACUCAGCAUACACAGUGCCAGGAGUAUGAAGCGGCAUACGAAAGCAAACGUAUGCAAUUUUUUUAUGGCCUAUUAUGACUAUUGAAGAUUAUAUUGUGUUGUAUAUUUUUCUCUGUUGCUUGAGUGUGCAUUUAAAGUCUUCCGUGGAACAAUUUGCUUUCAUCCGCUGCGUAGCUUUUCUGAACAACUAACUUAUAACUUUAGUAAUACUGAUUAUGAUACUUAGAGGUCUUCACUAUUUAGUUGCUGUAUACUUACAUACACACACACACCCACUCACCCACUCACACACACACACACACACACACACACACACACACACACACACACACACACACACACACACACACACACACACACACACAAACACACA